GCAAGAUGGCUGCCUACCUGCAGUGGCGGCGCUUCGCCUUCUUCGACCGCGAGGCCGUGAAGGAGCGCGCCGGGCCCGAGGGCGGCGGCGGCAAGAGCCUGCUGCUGCCGCCGGGUAUUGCCGUCUGCGACUCGGGCCGCGGCAGCCUGGUCUUCGGGGAUAUGGAAGGCCAGAUAUGGUUUCUGCCGCGCUCCCUUGAGCUCAGCAGCUUCCAGGCGUAUAAGCUGAGAGUGACUCACCUCUACCAGCUGAAGCAGCACAGCAUCUUGGCCUCUGUGGGCGAGGACGAAGAAGGCAUCAACCCUUUGGUCAAAGUUUGGAAUCUAGAGAAACAUGAUGGUGGAAAUCCUCUGUGUACCAGGAUUUUCCCGGCAAUACCAGGCAACAAGCCUACAGUUGUGUCCUGCCUCACAGUCCAUGAGAAUCUUAACUUCAUGGCUAUUGGUUUUGCAGAUGGGAGUGUUGUGCUUACAAAAGGAGACAUCACAAGAGAUCGGCACAGUAAGACUCAGACCCUCCAUGAAGGUAGUUAUCCAAUUACUGGCCUUGCCUUCCGCCAGUCUGGCAAAAUGACUCAUCUUUUUGUUGCUACCACUGAGAGUAUCCAGUGCUACACACUUUCUGUGAAAGACUAUCCACAGCACGAGCUGGACACGCGUGGCUGUGGGCUGCGCUGCUCUACGCUUAGUGACCCCUCGCAGGACCUCCAGUUUAUUGUAGCAGGGGAUGAAUGUGUGUAUCUGUACCAGCCAGAUGAGCGUGGCCCAUGCUUUGCUUUUGAGGGACAGAAGCUAAUUGCCCACUGGUAUCGGGGCUACCUUGUCAUUGUGUCCAGGGAUCGGAAGACCUCUCCAAAGUCUGACUUUGCUGGGGGCGACCCACAGAACUCUGACAAGCAAAUCCUGAACGUUUAUGACCUGAGCAACAAGUUCAUUGCCUACAGUUCAGUCUUUGAUGACGUAGUGGAUGUCCUGGCUGAGUGGGGAUGUCUGUAUGUGCUGACCAGAGAUGGGAAGCUCCAUGCCCUGCAGGAGAAGGACACACAGACUAAGCUCGAGAUGCUCUUCAAGAAGAACCUCUUUGAAAUGGCCAUUAACUUGGCCAGGAGUCACCACCUAGACAGCGAUGGAUUGUCUGAGAUCUUCCGCCAGUAUGGCGAUCAUUUGUACAACAAAGGCAACCACGAUGGGGCCAUUCAGCAGUAUAUCCGCACAAUAGGGAAAUUGGAGCCCUCCUACGUAAUCCGUAAGUUCUUGGAUGCUCAGCGGAUACACAACUUGACAGCCUACUUGCAAAUGCUCCACUUGCAGUCCCUGGCCAAUGCAGACCACACAACGCUGCUCCUGAACUGCUACACCAAGCUGAAGGACAUUGCGAAGCUGGAGGAGUUCAUCAAGACAAGCGAGAGUGAGGUGCACUUUGAUGUGGAGAUUGCCAUCAAGGUGCUGCGCCAGGCAGGCUGCUACUCUCACGCUGUCUACCUGGCCGAGAAGCAUGCACACCACGAGUGGUAUCUGAAGAUCCAGCUGGAAGACAUCAAGAACUACCAGGAGGCCUUGCACUACAUCGGCAGGCUGCCCUUUGAGCAGGCUGAGAGCAACAUGAAGCGCUACGGCAAAAUCCUCAUGCAUCACGCCCCACACGAGACCACCGAUUUGCUGAAGAUCCUGUGCACAGAUUACCGGCCAGCGGGGGAUGGCGAGAGCCUGCUUGGGCCAGAAGGGCGGAAGGCAAACCCUGAGGAGUUCAUUCCCAUUUUUGCCAACAACUCCCGGGAACUGAGAGCCUUCCUCGAGCACAUGUCAGAGGUGCAGCCUGACUCUCCGCAGGGGGUAUACGACACACUGCUGGAGCUCCGCCUUCAGAACUGGGCACACGAGCAGGAUCCAAAGGUCAAAGAGAGACUGCACAAUGAAGCCAUUUCCUUGCUGAAGAGUGGAAGGUUCCGGAGUGCCUUUGAUAAGGCUUUGGUUCUCUGCCAGAUGCACAGCUUCAAAGACGGGGUCCUGUACCUCUACGAACAGGGCAAGCUGUUCCAGCAGAUCAUGCACUACCACAUGCAGAAUGAGCAGUACAGGAAGGUGGUGGAGGUCUGCGAGCUGUAUGGAGACCAAGAGCCUUCCCUUUGGGAACAGGCCCUCGGCUACUUCGCCCAUAAGGAGGAGGACUGCAAGGAGUACAUCACAGCUGUGCUCAAGCACAUCGAGGCCAAGAACCUCAUGCCCCCCCUUCUGGCUGUGCAGACUCUGGCUCACAAUUCUACAGCCACCCUGUCCGUCAUUAAGGAUUACCUGGUCUGCAAGCUGCAGAAGCAGAGCCGCCAGAUUGACCAGGAUGAGGAGAAGAUUCAGAAAUACCGGGAGGAGACCAAGCGGAUCCGCAAGGAGAUCGAGGAGCUGAAAACCAGUCCCAAAAUCUUCCAGAAGACCAAGUGCAGCAUCUGUACCAGUGCCCUGGAGCUGCCCUCGGUGCACUUCCUCUGCAGCCACUCCUUCCACCAGCACUGCUUUGAGAGCUACUCAGAGAGUGGCUCAGAGUGCCCAACCUGCAUGCCGGAGAAUCGCAAAGUCAUGGAUAUGAUCCGUGCCCAAGAGCAGAAGCGGGACCUACAUGACCAGUUCCAGCAUCAGAUGAAGUGCUCCAAUGACAGCUUCUCAGUGGUGGCAGACUACUUCGGCCGUGGUGUCUUCAACAAGCUCACCCUCAUCACGGACCUCCCUCCUGGGCAGUCUGUUGCUGGGCUGGAGGCAGGCCUGCAGCGGGACCUCCUCAUCCACUCCAAGCGGAGCACCUAGACGCAUCUUGGCCAUGGGCCUGGCAGAGGGGAGGAAGAGUGCCUGUGGAAGAGCCCCCGAUGUAUGGGGGCCUUGGCUGUUGCAUGUGCUAUUAAAGUGCUUGCAGCUGUG